UCAAUUUUUAGGGUGUAAAACAUAGAAAUUUAUAAUUUACUGAUGAAAUUCCAUAGCAAAUAGCAUAAAACUCAGUGGAUAAGUUCUUUUGUUCAUAGGUGGAGCACCUGAAGGACACAUUCAAAGAUAGGAGGAUAUAAAUCAUUUUCAGUUUGGAUGCAUAUCUUUUCCGCAAGAUGCGCACAAAAAUUGACUAGAUUUCAUGAUAGAUAUAGAAGUAUUAAACUUUGUAAUGGAGUGUCGGCUGUGCGAAGUUACGAAGUUGCCGAAUGAGUUUGCCCCGGAUAACGUUACAGAAUUAUGUGAGCAUCCAACCCUUUUCUGCUUGAGGUGCACUCUGAAAGCGGUAAAAGAAACAUCAAAAUGCCCACACCCGGGAUGCAUUCAGUCAGUUCAAAUGUCCGAUAAGAAGAUGCGAUGGUUUCAGGAGAUUCUUGAUGACAUGUUCAAAGAAUAUGAAGCUGAUGAUUCUGUUGACGACAGCCCGACGAUUCAAAAUACUUUAUAUGCUGGAGGUAUUUUGACCAUCACUGUACUUACAGGCGAGAGUAUUGCUGUACCUUACGAUCCAAACAUGGAAGUCCUGCAACUGAAAAGGAAAAUAAGCCAGGCAAUGAAUCAUGCCGUUGAGAAACAGAAGUUACUGUACAAAGAUAAAGAAUUGGCAGACCUCAAAAGUGACGGAAGACGUACAAAGAUUCGAGACGCUGGUGUGAAGCCGAAUUCUACACUUUGUCUAGUGAUCAUACUUUACUCCGUUCCUGAAAACUUCGACCGUGUAGUAUUUGAUUUGUUUUGGGGGUAUCCUUCCACGGGUUGUGAUUACCUAGAUGCAUCAUGCCUCUUGUUUAAUGGGACAAAGUUUAAAACCUGUUGUGAUUACACAAAUCGGCAACUGAUACAAGCAAUUAUACAUUCCGGGGAUGUAAUGGACAACAAAAAUAAAAUUGGACAUCAUACGAUAUAUGUCAACUUGAAACAGAUACCUACCGACAUUACACAUUUGUUCUUCACUCUAAGUGCAUGGAGAUCACCGAAUAUAUCGCGGUAUCCAAAUCCAAGCCUUACGUUUCGUGAAGCAUCAAAUCCAACCAGUGACUUAUGUAAAACAACUUUUCACCAUGCAAAUUUGUCUCAAGCUGUUAUAAUGUGUUCUGUAUCACGUGGGCCUCAUGGACGGUGGGAAAUAUUUGAGUCUGGGAAACUGUCGUCGGGCAAUGCAAAGAACUAUAAGCCAAUAAUAAACACGAUAAAGUCGUUGAUAUCCCAAGGGUUUUAAACAGCAGUUUAACUGACCGCGGGCGCAUAUGAGACUGGCUAAUUUGUGUCAAGAUAUUCUAGGCAUAUUCUUUUUAUAAAUACAUGGGCCAUUCCAUGAGAAAACCUGUAUUAGUGACAAAAAAAAGAUUAGAUAACAACACAUUGAUAGAGAACAUCCUUUUGACCUUUUACCUUUCAAAUCCGAAAAUUUGAAGUAAUUAUCUUCACUAUUUCAAGAGUUACAAUGAUUUUAAGCAAGACAUCGAAGGCAUUUGAGACGUGACAUAAAGAACUUCAUGAAAGCAGUAUGACGUCGCCGUGCAUGGCAUGUAUUUUUCAAAUCAUUGAUGCAAAAAAAAAAAAAAAAAAAAAAAAAACUUGCGUAUCACUUACCAAACAUCCUAGGUUUGAAUAUCUAGGAUCGAACAGUUUAAAAGGAUUUUUCUGAAAAGUAACAUAACCGUAUAUUUUGGUUUCAUCACGGGUUAUUAUUAACACAGCUCAGUAUUUUCAUGAUUAAUUGGUGCUUUGGAACUUGUAUUUGUAAAAUUUGGUAGAAUUUGAUUAGCCUUAGAUAACUGUUUUACAUUAUACUUAUUUCUAGUUUGUGCAUGAAUAUAUUCAGAAAAACGGUGAUUUUCCAGUACUUUAAACUAUUUAUGAUGCAAUAAUUGUAUCGUGACAAUUAAUACAGGUUUUCUCAUGGAACGACUGUCAUAUAUUCAGUAUAGCAGUCGUAGAUUAUUAAUUGUUACUUUUGGAGCCGGGAAUUGAUCUGUCGAUUUCUUUUAGACAUAUAUAGAUAAUAUUCCCAUGUAUCUAUUGAAUACGUGGUUUACGAGGUAAAUAGUUAUUUCAUAAUGUACUUGUUAUCAUAGCGAGGACAAUUAUUAAUAAUUUUGUUUAAUAAAUUAUUAUGGCCUUCGA